AUGCGAACUCUUUUAAUCUUUGUUUCGUUGUGCGCUGUACUGUGCUUUACUGCUCCGGUAUCAGAACAAGUUUCUGGACUCCGAGCUAAACGCAAUCUUGAAGAAGCAGCUAGUAGUGGAGCCGAGGCAGUCGCAGAGAAACAUACUCUUCGAGUAGCAGCUAGACUAGAAACUCAAACCGAUAGAUUGAAGCGUCAGCAGAGUGCCGAGGAACGCACUCGCGCCGAAGCCGACGCUCGUCGUCGUGAACGCUGUCGCAACCGCCGUCCCCCACAGCCAACCCCCGGACCCCCACCACCAAGAAACAACUGUCUUCCCCCACCGGGACCCCCACCUCCAUGUCAACAACAGUACCAACCACCAUCCCCAUGCCAACAAAGCCAACCCCAACCACCACAACCACAGCCACAGAGAACUGGAGGAUGCUUGCCAUCUCCAAGAGGUUAUGAGAAUCAACCACAACCACAACAACAGUACCCUCAACCUCAGCAACAGCGUGGUGGAUGUACUUACAGUCAACCACAACCACAACCCCAACCUCAACCCCCAUGUUAUCAGCCUCAGCCAGAGCCUCCACGUCAAACUGGAGGAUGUCUUCCAGGCCCUUAUUACCCACCAAACACCAUGCCCCCACCACAACCCCAACAACCAUAUCCACAACAAAGAUCCGGCGGUUGCCGUCAAAGAGCCCCACAACCCCAACAACCCCAACCCCAAUACCCGAGAACCAAUGAGUUCCGUGCCCCAACUGUUGAAUGUCAUGGAAAUGGACAAGAUCCAUGCAAUUCCCAACCACAACAAGAGGAUCCAUGCGUCGGGAAAGUGAACAUCGUUUCAGUUGACGCGGCGGGAAAAGUUGAUCAUUAUUUGUAUGAGACCAAGAAGCAAGCAGGAGAUGUCAUUGGUAAUUCUGCUAAUCAGGCAUCUGAAACUGCUCAAGGAAUGCACUGGGCCGGAGAUAGAGCUAGAGAAGCUGGAUCGACACUGAAUGAGGCUGCACAUGAUGGAUAUGAACAUGGACGUGAUGGAGUUGCUGAUAUGAGAGAGAAACUUGAAGAGACUGGACAUGAGAUCGAGGAAGCCGCAGCUAGAAAGGGUGAUGAAGCGAUAGACGCCGCAGCAACAAAAGCUGAAGAAACAAAAGAAGCUGCAAAGGAUACUGCCAACUCUGCAAUUGAGAAAACAAAGCAUGGAGCUGGAGUUGUCUACGAUACUGCCGCCGAAGGAGCAAGUAACAUGGCUCAGUCAAUGCAUGAUGCUGGAAAAUCUGCUGGAGAUGCUUUCGUUGGAGGGGCUGAAGCUGCCGGAGAAGCAGUCAGAGAUGGAGCCGGAUGGGUUGGAGAAAAGUUUCAACAUGGAGCCGCAGUCGUUGUCGAUGGAGCUAAAUCUGUUGGACAAGGGGCCGCUGAUGGAGCCACUGUUCUUGGUGAAAACGUUGCCUACGGAGUUGGAGCUGUUUAUGGAGGAGCUAAAUACGCCGGAGGAAAGCUCAUUAACGGAACCGCGCAGGGAGCCGGAAUUGUUGCUGGUGGAGUUGUGGGCGCUGGAGAGGCUGCGGUUGAUGGAGCUAAGGCUGCUGGAAACGCUGUUGUUGAUGGAGCAUUAACCGUCGGAAAUAAGACCAAGGAAGGAAUGCGUUUCGUAGGAGAAAACGUCGCUCACGGAGCCGGAGUUGUUGCAGGUGGAGCUGGUAAGUUUAAGGUCGAUAACGCUGUGGAACCUUUUGAAACUUCAGUGGGUGCUGGAGAAGCUGUCGUUGAUGGAGCCAAAGCUGCAGGGGACGCUGUUGUCGAUGGAGCUCUGACUGUCGGAAACAAGACCAAGGAAGGAGUAAGAUUCGUCGGUGACAAUGUUGCUCACGGAGCUGGUGUUGUGGCUGGUGGAGCUGUGGGCGCUGGAGAAGCUGCAGUUGAUGGAGCAAAAGAAGGAGCAAAUUAUGUAGGAAACAAGACCUUAGAAGGCGCUGAAGCGGUUGCUGAUGGCGCUAAAUCUCUUGGAAGCACUGUGGUUGAUGGAGUCGCUGCUGCUGGUGGAGCUGUUGUGGGUGGAGCCAAGGCUGUCGGUAGCGGAAUUGCUGAUGGAGCCCGAUUUGUUGGCGAGAAUGUUGCUCACGGAGCUGGAGUUGUUGCUGGUGGAGCUGAAGCCGCUGGAGGAGCUGUAGUAGAUGGAGCAGCCGCUGCUGGUGGAGCUGUCGUAGGAGGAGCGAAAGCAGUCGGAGGAUUCGUGGCGGACACUUUCAAUUCUGGAAGAGAUGCUGCUGGAGAUGCACUGAAAUCUGCUGGAUCUGCUGUCAAGGCAUCAGAAUAA